CGCGUCGCAGGCGGGAGUGUCGCUGCCUCGCUCCCGGGAACUUGUGACACUGUGUCGGACGGAAAGAGAGAAUGACACUGGCACGAGGGGUUGGCGCUGAUUGGUUGCUUGGGUAAUGUGAGGCUUUGGUAUGACAGAUUAGUGACAAACAUGGCAGAGGCAACGCGGGAAUAAUACUUUCGAGAUCUAAUAAACACCUGUUGCUCUAUCCGCGAGUGCAAACUUCGACAGGCAGAUGAAACUGAUGUCUUUGCGAUUGUGAGAGUAACCGACCGAUGGAGGAAAGUAGAGUCAAACAAACAAUGUAAAAUCUUAUCUAGUUUGUCUGUUGCGCGCGAAUUCCUGCGAUGUCAGGGCUGAGAAAUAUGUCUCUUUUAAAUCUGACUUCGGUGACGGAGGGGAGUGUCCCUCCCAACUACACGGUCCUCCUGUCCCUCGUCGACUCGGAGAACCGCACGCUCGACGCCAACGCCACAGGCAGCGACUCCAACAUGUCGGCGAUAGAGACCAACAUCCUGUCCUACCCGACGACGCAGGCCAUCUUCUACAUCGAGUACAUGACCAUCUUCCUCCUGGGCGUGUUCGGCAACUGCCUCGUCUGCCACGUCGUCUUUCGCAACAAGGCCAUGCAGAACGUCACCAACUUCUUCAUCACCAACCUGGCCCUCGCGGACAUCCUGCUGUGUGUCCUGGCCGUGCCCUUCACGCCCCUCUACACCUUCAUGGAGGAGUGGCUCUUCGGCAGGAUCCUGUGCCACCUGGUGACCAUGGCGCAGGGCACCAGCGUGUACGUGUCCACGCUGACCCUCAUGUCGAUCGCCAUCGACAGGUUCUUCGUGAUCAUCUACCCGUUUCGGCCUCGGCUCCGCGUGCCCAUCUGCUACCUGAUCAUCGUGUCCAUCUGGCUGUUCUCCAUCUCGGCCACGCUGCCCUACGCGCUGUUCGUGCGCCAGGUGGAGUACCAGGACCGCUUCUACUGCGAGGAGCUCUGGCCCUCCGAGUCCAUCCGCCAGGUGUUCAGCCUGUUCACCGCCAUCAUGCAGUUCGUGGUGCCGUUCAUCAUCAUCCUGUACUGCUACGUGAAGAUCUCGAUCCGCAUGAACGAGAGAGUGAAGGCCAAGCCGGGCAGCAAGAGCUCGCGCAAGGAGGAGGCCGACCGCGAGCGGAAACGCCGCACCAACAGGAUGCUCAUCGCCAUGGUCACCAUCUUCGGCGUCUCGUGGCUGCCCAUGAACGUCGUGCACCUCGUCGGCGACUACUACGCCCCCGCCAGCUCCUGGAACUACUACAACCUUUGUUUUUUCAUCACGCACGUCGUGGCGAUGUCGUCCACCUGCUACAACCCCUUCCUGUACGCCUGGCUCAACGAAAACUUCCGCAAGGAGUUCCAGCUGGUGCUGCCGUGCUUCCAGCAGACGCCCUCCACCGACCGCGUCGGCCACUGGCGCUCGGAGCGGACCUGCAACGGCAACGACACCCAGCAGGAGACCUUGCUGGCCUCGGGCGCCGCUGCAGGAGGGGCGGGCGCGGGGCGGCCGCCGCUUAGGAGCCAGCAAUCCUGCGCCAACGAGAGUCCGACGAGCAAAGCUCAGGCCACGCUGGAGGCCCACCCGCUGACCACCUUCAUCGAGGUGCCGUCGCGCCCCAGCGACGGCGCCCGCGACCAAGCCGUCGAACCGCUGGUUAACGGGGAGGCCUCAGAGUACGUGUGAAUAUGCUGAGCUCUCAAAGCCGCACCAAAUCGUGGAAUCCAACACCUCUUCUGGAUAGAACACAGAAGACUGUCAUCUGUCAUCGCCAAUCAAGCUACUCAAUCCUAUAUUUGAUCGGUUAUAUUCAUUUAAUUUAUUUUCUAUAUAUAUACAUAUAUUGUUAUUUGUUAUUUCGUUGUAAUUGUAUCCACUGAAAUCAAUUAUUUUCGGCAUCUAUCUACGGUUAAAGUUUGUGUUAUAAGUUUAUUUCGAGCGCUUCUGUAAGAUGAUGUUGCAGGGGUAACAGAUGUAAACAAUUUUUUUUUUUCAUAAACAUCAUCUUUUGUAUUUUGUUUAUAAAAGGUUUUCGUCUCGACCUGGCACGUUUUCAUAAUACAUUGGGGUGUUAAAGCCCUUAUGAUAGUAUGUUAUUAAAAAUCCCAGUUUUGAAGUGAUUUUCUAUGGAAGAUCGUUAUAGACCACAAAAUACCACUACUAUACAGAUAAACAACUGUUCAUGCAUCAAAACCGUAGUUUCAAUAAAAAAAUAUUUCUCUUAAUUUUAGUAUUAUCGGUAUUUUUAUAUACCUUUUUAAAUUUUCCUUAUUACAAAUUUCUUUACUGCAUUUUUCCCCUAUUAAAUACUGCAAUUUACCAUUUUUCUUCAUUAGGAUAACGUUGGACAUAAAAUCAUCGUUAUUGCUGACGUUCUGCAAUUCCUGAUGAUUAAACUUGCCAGUUCCGCUGACUGUUCUUCAUUAACACUUUUUUUUUUCCUUUUUUUAUAAUGAAGUGAAGAGCAUAUCAGC